AUGAUGGGUCUCCAUGUUCUCGGCGGCUCCAAGGACAACGGCCUCCUCCUUCUUCGGACCUUGGCGGAAUACUACCUCAUCCCCCUGAUUACCAUCUGCUGUGACGCAAAAGAGGACAACGAGAAUGCUCACCCUCCCCGAUCGCGAUGCUGGCAGUCUCUGGACUGCGUUCUCGUCCACAGUCGAAAUCGAUGGGACGUGAAGGUGACCAAGACGAUCUGCGACACGGACGACGAGACUGAACACCGCUUUGUCCUCUCCAAGAUGAGGCUGCAACUGCAACCUCUCAAGUGA